ACGUCACGCACGAGAUGGCGACAAACCGGAAAAAGUAUCACAUGCUGCCUUCUGAAAACACAAAUCGGGCAGUGAGGUCUGACUCUGCAGAAAUAACGACACUGUUGCUGAUCAUUUUGGUGUGAUAUUAUCAAGGUAAAAGUCCACUUCGAGCUCAGUUCCUCUGGUCUAAGGGUGAACGUUUGGAAAGAUGACUUCUCUUCCAGAACUUUUUAAGUACGUGGACGAAAACCAAGAACUGUACAUUCAGCAUUUGGCAGAAUGGGUAUCAGUUCAGAGUGUUUCUGCAUGGCCAGAGAAACGUGGAGAGAUUAAAAAGAUGAUGGAGAUGGCAGCAAAGGAUAUUGAGAAACUUGGCGGAACGGUGGAGCUGGUUGACAUUGGCAAACAGGAGUUGGCGGACGGUCAGGAGAUCCCACUUCCUCCCAUUAUUCUGGGUCGCCUCGGCUCAGACCCUGGCAAGAAGACUGUGUGCAUCUAUGGUCACCUCGACGUCCAGCCUGCAAACAUUGACGAUGGCUGGGACACCGAGCCUUUCAAGCUGGUGGAGAAGGAUGGGAAGCUGUAUGGAAGAGGCUCCACAGAUGACAAGGGACCUGUCCUGGCCUGGUUCAACUGCAUUGAGGCCUACCAGAAGACCAAGCAAGAGCUUCCCAUCAACAUUAAGUUCUGUUUUGAGGGGAUGGAGGAGUCUGGCUCUGAGGGUCUAGAUGAUCUGGUUUUCUCCCGGAAGGACUCUUUCUUCAAGGAUGUCGAUUAUGUUUGUAUCUCGGACAACUAUUGGCUGGGAAAAACGAAGCCCUGCAUCACCUACGGGCUGCGUGGCAUCUGCUACUUCUUCAUUGAGUUGGCGUGCUGUGAUCAAGACUUGCACUCUGGCGUGUUUGGCGGUUCAGUGCAUGAAGCCAUGACAGACCUGAUUUCCCUUAUGGGCUCACUGGUGGACAAGAAGGGAAAGAUCCUGGUGCCAGGGAUGUACGAUUCUGUGGCCCCUCUCACAGAGGAGGAGAAAAAGCUCUAUGAGAAGAUCGACUUUGACAUGGAUGAGUAUUGCAAGGAUGUCGGGGCAUGCAAACUACUGCACGACACCAAGGAACAAAUCCUGAUGCAUCGGUGGAGAUACCCAUCUCUGUCUCUACAUGGCAUUGAGGGGGCUUUCUAUGAAGGUGGGGCCAAAACGGUCAUCCCACGGAAGGUCAUCGGCAAAUUCUCCAUCCGUCUCGUCCCUGACAUGGAUCCAAAAGUGGUGGAGAAACAAGUCAUCGGUCACCUAGAAAAGAAAUUUGCUGAACUGGAAAGCCCCAACAAGCUGAAGGCCUACAUGGGCCAUGGAGCAAAGGCCUGGGUGGCGGACUUCAACCACCCCCACUUCAUGGCUGGCAGGAAAGCCAUGAAAACUGUGUUUGGAGUCGAGCCUGACCUGACGAGGGAGGGUGGAAGUAUCCCGGUGACCUUGACCUUCCAGGAAGCCACCGGCCGCAACGUCAUGCUGCUGCCAGUAGGCUCCUCAGAUGAUGGUGCUCAUUCACAGAAUGAGAAGAUCAACAGGUCUAACUACAUCCAGGGAACCAAACUGUUGGCAGCUUACUUCCAUGAAGUAUCUUUGCUGAAGUAACUGGCCUGUUGUCUUAACUCUGGUACUCAAUGUACCUGAAUCAUUGUUUUUAAUGGCCUCUACCCAGAACAUGCUUGAAAUAGUUGGCAGAAUGUAACCCAUCUGAAAACAGUUGUUGCCCGUUUUUGUUUUGUCUUGGAGGGUGGACCUCUGCUUCUCUGCUAUGCAGAAGAGUGAGUACUGUCAGCUCAAAUAGGACGACGCCUCUGUCAGCGGUGUCGCUCGGGCAACAUCAAAUGAAAACAUGCUCAAUAAAAGACGUCAUUAUGUUC